AUAAAUAAUAAUAUCAGUCAAGAAUCUCUCACCUUUUGGUUCAUCUCAUCCUCCAUUGUUGCUUCAAAGACCCGGAAAAACAAAAGAAAAGCGUCCUCUGCAAAUCUUGGGACGUGGGUUUCAGAACCUCAAAAGCAUCCUUGGUGAGCCAUCGAAGUUUCAGAUUUUCUUGGCUUGUUUGGUCUGUGAACAAAGAAAGAACAAGAAAUGCCAGUUGAUUUCGCAGCAGCUGCUCUGCGAACAGCAUUCAGCGAGCUGUUCUCGCUCGUGAAGGACGUAGUGAAAACCGUUCCCGCGUUUGGUCCGCAGCUCAAGAAGAUCGAAUCCACCUUGAGCAAAAUAGAGCCAAUCAUCACUGAAAUUGAUGAGUACAACAAACGAGUAUACAGUCCGAAAGAGACAGGAACGAUCAAGGACUUAUUGGAUAAAGGCAAAGGACUGGUCAACAAGUGCUUGAGGAUUCACCCACUUAACCUGUGCAAGAAGUAUACGCACUCGAACAAGCUGACCAAGUUUGAUGCAGAGCUACUGAGGGAGUUCGAAAUUUACAUCCAGCUGCUGGAUGCGAGAAACAACGGGCAGAUAUUGUGGGAGAUAAGAGAAGUCAAGGAAUUGAUCCAUGCUGGUCAAGCGUGUGGCAGAGUCCUCCAUAGAGGGCUCGGGGCUUCGGGCAACCUCGCAGCCCCAGAGGCACCGGAUUUCAUUGUCGGGUCGGAGGUGGAGGCAUCCUUGAGGAAGAUCAAGGAGCGGUUACUCAAGGAGGGAGUAUCUGUGAUUGUUGUGACCGCACCACCCUGGUGCGGGAAGACAAUUCUGGUUAAGAAAUUGUGUCAUGACGUGGACAUUGAAGGUAAAUUCAGAAACAUCAUGUUCGUCCCUGUGAAGAAGCCCAACCUGAGAGACAUUGUCCAAAAGAUGAUUCAACAUAACGGUUUUGCGGUACCUGUGAUUGAAACAGAAGAUGCUGCAGUUCAAUACUUGCAGCUGCUGCUCAAGAAAAUAGGACAAAAUCCUGUGUUGCUUGUGCUGGACGAUGUGUGGACCGAAUCACAAUCCUUCCUUGACAAAUUCAAAUUUGAUAAGAUAAAAGAUUACAAGAUUGUGGUGACCUCAAGAUAUGAGUUUCCUGCUUGUCAUCCUGUGCAUCACCUGAACCCACUUCCUCAUGGCGAUGCCCUGGAACUUUUUCGUCGAACUGUUACCAUUGAUGAUAGCAGCAUGGAUCCACCAGAUGAAAAGCUCUUGGAUCAGAUAGUGAAAUCCUGUAACGGAUUUCCAUGGGCUCUUACAGUCGUUGCCACGUCUCUCCAAGGAAAGGAUCGUUCAUUCUGGAUAGAAAAGCUUACUGUAUGGUCUGAAGGUCAUUCCCGUUUGAACACAGACAUUGACAUUCUAAAUUGCCUGAAAAAGCACUUGGACAACCUGGAUGGUGACCCUUCAAUCAAGGAACGUUUUAUGGACCUCGGCUCGUUUCCGGAGGAUUGCAAGAUCCCUGCCACCGCCCUUACUGAUAUGUGGGUGGAAUUGUACAAGCUAGAUUUUGAUGGCGUGCAAGCCAUUACCGACCUCCAUGACCUCGUUUACAGGAACCUAGCUGAUCUAGUAGUCACUAGGAGAAAUUCAAGUGACGACGACGACAAAUCUUACAGCAGCCACUAUGCUAUGCAGUACGGUAUGCUCAGAGAGCUGGCUAUCCUGGAGUGCAACCAAGGGGAAAUAGAGAAGAGAGAGAGACUCAUUCUGGAGUUGACCGGAAAUAGUUUUCCAGACUGGUGGAGCAAGCAAAAGCAACAGCCUCUUGGUGCUCGUCUAGUGUCCAUCUCCACAGACGGAACAUUCUUAACACCCUGGCCAAAUCUUGAAUUGCCAAAAGUUGAGGCUCUUGUCUUGAACUUCGCGACCAACAAGCAAACCAAAACUUAUGCUUUGCCUAAAUUCAUCGAGAAGGCAGAUAAGCUUAAGGCCCUGAUAGUAACAAACUACAGCUUCUUUUCAGCCGAGCUGGGCAAUUUCCAUGUGAUCGGGUCCAAUUUAAGGAGGAUCAGACUUGAACGCGUCACAGUUCCAUUAAUAAGCAUGGGAAACCUAUGCUUGCACAGUCUGCAAAAGAUAUCCUUUUGCAUGUGCGAAAUCAGUCAGGCUUCAAUGUCAAACGAUGCCAAAAUCUCCAAUGCAAUUGCAAACUUAUUGGAGCUUGACAUUGAGUAUUGCAACAAUCUUGUGACAUUACCAGAUGGCAUCUCUCAGAUAAAGCCUUUAAGGAAGCUUAGCAUCACAAACUGCCAUAAUUUCUCAGCUCUCCCUGAACAAAUUGGGCAAUUGGCAUCCCUCGAAGUGGUCAAGCUAAAUUCCUGUACGAACUUGUCGGAGUUACCGGGCUCAAUUGGAUGCCUCCGAAGCUUGAGAUUUCUUGACAUAUCUGAUUGUCUCAAUCUGAGCACCUUGCCUAAUCAAAUUGGCCAAAUGGUUAGUCUCACGAAGAUAAACAUGAGAGGAUGUAUGAGGUUGUGUGUGUUGCCACCAUCGAUCGUGAAGCUUACGAGCUUAAGGAAGGUGAUUUGUGACAAAGAAAAAGCCGUCACAUGGUGGCCUCUCAAGGAAAGUCUCGCUGGCUUGCAGAUAGUAGUGUUUGAAGAAGAGCCUAACUUAGAUUGGCUACGUGACUGACAAACAUUUCUUAGAGACUUGGAGAGACUGAGUUUCACUACCUAAAUUAGGUACGUCCAAGAAUAAGAAUGUAAAUAUGUAUAAAAUAUCGCUUCUUCUUUUUCCGUUC